AUGAGCGGAAUUAUAUUUUUUAAUGUUCCUUGUGAUUCGCUUAAAAUUUUAUCAAUUUCUGAAAUUAAUACAAGUACUGGAAAUUCUAGACAAGGAGGUAAAUCUAGAGAUCCAGUAUGGAAUUAUUUUAAUGCAACAGAAAUUCCACAUGAUUCUUGCCUUUCAGCACAAAGUAAAUUUUGCUUCAAGCCAUGGAAGUGUGGUAAACCUUCUGACUUGAAAGGGCAUUUGGCUCUGAAAUGCUCAUUGGUUAAUAGAGAAGUAAAAUUAAAAUACUUAAGAUUAAUUAAAUCAGAUGAUAAUAUAGAAUCUGCAAAUAAAAAGUAA